AUGCUGGCCCUGCGGCUGCUCAACGUGGUGGCCCCCGCCUACUUCCUUUGCAUUUCCCUGGUGACCUUCGUCCUGCAGAUCUUCCUCUUCCUUCCCAGCAUGCGUGAGGACCCCACAGCCACCCCGCUGUUCUCGCCCGCAGUGCUUCACGGGGCGCUCUUCCUGUUCCUCUCAGCCAAUGCCCUGGGCAAUUACGUCCUGGUCAUCCAGAAUUCCCCAGACGACCUGGGCACCUGCCAGGGAACCUCAUCCCAGAGACCUCAGUGCCCACCACCCAGCACCCACUUCUGCCGAGUGUGCUCCCGAGUCACGCUGAGGCACGACCAUCACUGUUUCUUCACCGGCAACUGCAUUGGCAGCAGGAACAUGCGCAACUUCAUCCUUUUCUGCCUCUACACGUCGCUGGCCUGUCUUUACUCCAUGGUGGCCGGCGUGGCCUACAUCUCAGCUGUCCUUUCCAUCUCCUUCGCCCAUCCCCUGGCCUUCCUCACGCUCCUGCCCACUUCAAUCAGCCAGUUCUUCUCCGGAGCUGUCCUCGGUUCUGACAUGUUCGUCAUCCUCAUGCUUUACCUCUGGUUCGCUGUCGGCCUGGCCUGUGCUGGCUUCUGCUGCCACCAGCUGCUGCUGAUCCUCCGGGGGCAGACCCGCUACCAGGUUCGAAAGGGGGUGGCAGUGAGAGCCCGGCCCUGGCGCAAGAACUUACAGGAGGUCUUCGGAAAGAGGUGGCUGCUGGGCUUGCUGGUCCCCAUGUUCAAUGUCGGGACUGAAAGCUCCAAGCAGCAGGACAAAUAG